AACUGUUUCCGUUUCCUGUGUAUUUUUUGCAGCUACUCGUCUGCUGUUAAGUAGACAUAACAGGUCUCUAAAUAUGAGCAAAAUGACGUAGUUUACUUCAGAUUAGGCCGGUUUUUAUAAUUGAAACAGCUGGUGUUAAGUGAUGCCGGCUUUAAAGUGACGCGCGAGCGGCGGUCUUGCCUGAACCGCAUGUAAACAAACCCGGGAGGGUUUCUCCGCCGCUGGCGUUUCAAAGUCCAGCAAACUUUUUCUGGUUGAAGACACUUUCUGAGAAAUGUCGUGGUUUAGUCAGGUCAGUCAAGGUCCGUACCAGCGGCAGGCCGCCGACGGCCAACAAUUUACAGCCCCGAAUGUCCUCGGCAGUCCCUCCAAUCCCGCAAGUCUACCAGCAGGAGCAGCGACCCCUGCUACCCAGAGCAGCAGCGGGGCUGGGCGGCCUUCUCCAGGCCAGUUUGACCUGCCAUCAGCUCCCCAGGGUGCAGCCAGCCCUCCCAGCCUGGAGAACCUGUCCUGCGCGGGUCAAGACAGACAACCGGAGCCCAUCUCCUACGUGACCUUCCAGGAGCAGCGGUGUGUCCUGAGCUGGUUCCAAGGCUGGAAUGACUCCCAGAAGGAGAGGUUCCUGCAGGAUCUUGUUGGGAAAGCCGUGCCGGGGAAAGUGUGCACUCUCCUCGACUCACUCAGCACCCUCCAGGUCAAAGACAAACUGCCCAACAUCUUUGAGUGCCAGCUCCGGCUGUGGACCCAGUGGUUUGAGUCCUGGGGGGAAGAGGAGAGGAAUCACUUCCUGCACAUGCUGGAGGAGAAGGACCCCAUGUUUGUUGCCCACUUCUACAGGAGCGUUGCUGGCACCGCAGGAAGAGACUGACCAGAAGUCUGCAUCAGAGGACAUGCAUGCAGUUACUGCAUUCCUUAGAUUAGCUACAGACUUCUUGCAUAGAAGGUCCGUGCUUUUCCGGUCUCAGAUACUCCGAUUUCUCAGUCAAUUUUUGCCCCAUAUUUAAGAAACGAUAGAAAAGUUUUGGAUGAUUUUACGUCAGAUGUUUGCACAGUGUUCAGAUGUUGAAGAUGGAACUUUGAGACACCACAAGGGAACUGAUGGUUGGAUGGAUUGAUGGCUGAACAGAGAGGUUAUUCAACAGAAGGCUGGAUGGAGAGGCAGAAUGACGGAUGUACAACUUUUAAAAAAAACACUUUAACAGCAGUUUUUACAGUAUUCUGUUUUUCAUGCAGACAAUUAGGUCUGAAAAUAAAUAUUUCAUUAAAUAUAUUUCUGUUACUGGUCCAGACCUGGAAUAAGAAUAAAUCAAAAUCCAUAAUUUUCCAAAGUUUUAAAUAGAAAUCCACCAUCAAUACCGAUUUCCAAUUUUCCUUGGCAUUGUGGCCUGCUGAUUUUGACUUUUGUCCGUUAUGCAUGGAUCAAAGGAAAGUGGGGGAAAAAAAUGUUUUUUGAUUGAGGUUGAAUGAAGGAAUUACAAGAUAAUCCCCACUGAUGCUUCAAAGCGUAUGACAACGUAUAAAACGUUUAUAUUUACCUCGUGUCAGUUGUUUAUAGACCAAAAAUAGUGGGAGUUCUUUUGUUUGUUUUUUUUGGUGAUCGGCGUGUCAGAUUUUUCUGGUAGCCGACAUGCGUAGCUACGUAGUUUUACUUGUUGCAAAACUACGUAAUUCCGAUCUGCGAAUGAUUGACUUGUGCGUCUCUGCUUUUCUAGACCUGGUAGGAAUCCUGUUUUGUUUUUUUUUUGUCCUUUGGUCUUUUUCAAAUCCAUGUAAUUGUUUAAACUGUGAUGAAAUCCUUUGUGAUCAUUUGACGCGAGUGGGUUUUUUCUACAGAGAUUUGCAAUGUUUCUCAAGAUCAACAUGUUCAUAAUAAAAACAUGCUUUGUUUUA